AUGAUAAGUGAAUCCAUAGAAACGUGUGAAGCAUUUUUAAAAGACACAGUGACAAGCCCGUUAACUACCAAACACUUCGAAUCUUAUUCAACACGCAACGACCGUUAUCAUCUAUGGAAUGGUUCGGAAUCUUGUAAUAACUUCAAACAACUAAUUGAACAACCUGUCUGGUUGAGUGAAGAAGAAAAAUCAUAUCCGAUUGCUUAUUCCCUACUAAUUUAUGAUAAUGUUGAAUGGACAGCUCGACUACUGCGUUUAAUUUAUCGUCCGAACAAUCUUUAUUGUAUUCAUGUGGACAGAAAAUCGCCUGAAUGGUUUCAUGAGGAAAUUGUUAAUCUGUCUAGAUGUUUCGGUGUUAAUGUACUGGUAGUGAGUCGAUCUGAGAGCAUCCGUGUAGUUUGGGGGCACUAUUCAGUAGUGGAAGGUUUUCUUGCUUGUUCUGAAAUGUUAUUCAACCAUCCAAGUGUUGAAUGGCAAUAUUUAGUAAACAUCAACGGGAAAGAAUUACCAUUACGAACGAAUUGGGAGUUAGUAGUUGCAUUGAAAGUGUUGAAUAGGUCCAAUAUUACUGAUUAUAAUGAACGUAAUGCACUUCAAAGAUGA